AUGGCGGCGCCCCUGUCCACCAUGAAGUUUUGGAAGCCCGGAUCAGAUGGCCCUGGGGUGUCGGAGGAGAGGGAGCUGUCAACAGAGACCACAAGCUCUCCUGUUAUAUACAACCCUCACACCUCUAUGUCCAUAGAAAAGCAAAGGCAGAAACUUCCAGUCUUCAAGCACAGAAACCACAUCUUGUACUUGGUUGAGAGCUACCAGACGGUGGUGAUUGUGGGAGAGACGGGCUGUGGGAAGAGCACUCAGAUCCCACAGUACCUGCUGGAGGCAGGAUGGGCAGCUGAGGGGAAGGUGAUCGGAGUGACCCAGCCACGGCGGGUUGCGGCUAUUUCGGUGGCAAGUCGUGUGGCAGAGGAGCGUGGUGCCCUGCUGGGUCAUGAGGUCGGCUACACUAUCCGAUUUGACGACUGCUCUGACCCCCAUGCCACCCGCAUCAAGUUCUUGACUGAUGGAAUGCUGGUCCGUGAAAUGAUGGCCGACCCCUUGCUGAAGAAAUAUAGUGUCCUGAUGCUUGAUGAAGCGCAUGAGAGGACACUGUACACGGACAUUGCCAUCGGCCUGCUAAAGAAGAUUCAGAAAAAACGGCGAGACCUUCGACUGAUUGUGGCUUCGGCCACUCUUGAUGCCAAGAAAUUUCAAGAAUUCUUCAACCUGAAUGAGUCCGGAGACCCUGCCAAGGACACCUGUGGGAUACUGACAGUGGAGGGCCGCACCUUUCCUGUUGAUGUGUUCUACACAGUCAGUCCUGUUCCAGAUUAUGUGAAGGCCACUGUAGAGACGGUGCUAAAAAUCCAUGAAACGGAGGAUGAUGGUGACGUCUUGGCAUUCCUUACUGGACAGGAGGAGGUGGAGAAAGUGGUCUCUAUGCUGGUGGAACAGGCCCGGGCACUGUCCCGCUACGGCAUGAAGAAGCAUCUGCGUGUUCUUCCUAUGUAUGCUGGUCUUCCGUAUGCUGAGCAGAUGAAAGUCUUUGAGAGGGUGCCCCCUACUGUGAGGAAGGUGAUUGUGGCUACCAACAUUGCAGAGACCUCCAUUACAAUCAAUGGGACUGUGUUCGUCAUCGACUGUGCAUUUGUUAAGAUGAGAGCCUACAAUCCUAGAACAGCCAUAGAAUCGCUGGUGGUCACUCCCAUUUCCAAGGCCGCUGCUAAUCAGAGGGCAGGCCGAGGGGGGCGUAACCGCCCUGGGAAAUGUUUCCGUCUCUAUACAGAGGAGGAUUUUGAGAAACUUCCUCCCUCUACUGUACCUGAGAUGCAGCGCACCAACCUUGCACCAGUCAUUCUCCAGCUGAAAGCCUUGGGCAUCGACAACGUCCUCCGCUUCAACUUCCUCUCCCCUCCCCCAGCCCAGUCCAUGGUCCAGGCCUUGGAGCUGCUCUAUGCUCUGGGUGGUCUGGACCAGUACGGUCGUCUGACUGACCCCAUGGGUGUCCGCAUGGCUGAGUUCCCGCUUAGCCCAAUGUUUGCCAAGAUGCUGCUGGAGUCGGGGAACUUUGGUUGUUCCAAGGAGAUUGUGACCAUUGCGGCCAUGAUGCAGAUCCAGAACAUAUUUGUGGUGCCAGCAAACCAGAAGAAAGCAGCUGCAAGAGAGCACAGGAAAUUUGCCGUGGCUGAGGGAGACCAUCUCACCAUGCUGAACGUAUAUGAAGCCUUCAUCAAGCACCAGAAGAGCUCCCAGUGGUGCCAGGAUCACUUUCUUAACUACAAGGGUCUUCUCCGUGCUGUGACAGUCCGAGAGCAGCUGCGACGCCUCAUGAAUAAGUUCAAGGUGCCCCGCACAUCCAGCGAAGGUGACCCUGAUGUGAUUCUGAAGUGCAUUGUUUCCGGUUUCUUUGCUAACGCCGCCCGGUUGCACCACUCUGGAUCGUACAGGACUCUGCGAGAUGACCGGGAGCUGCAUAUCCACCCCACCUCAGUGCUGUAUGCCGAGAAGCCACCAAAGUGGGUGGUCUACAAUGAGGUUGUGCAGACCUCCAAAUACUUCAUGCGAGAUGUGACCGCUGUGGAAUCAUCAUGGUUGGUGGAAUUAGCGCCACACUUUUAUAAGCAGGCCAAGCACGGAUCGCUGAGCAGCAAAAGGAGCAAGGUCAUCUGAGCAGGUCACCGUGGGCCCCAUGCUGUCACGCUGUUUGGGCCCCAGGCUGUGGGGGAAGUGACUGGUGCUGGGGCAGCGGGGCCUGUGAACCCAAGAGAAGUAUUCAGUCAACACUGUGGUCCAUCCAUAUGUACAUAGAGAUGUAUUAUAUACAAUAUUUAUUUCCUCAUGUCCUCACACACCUGUAUAUAGAGACAGACUGGUCUUUGAUCUGGCUGAUACUGCUACCUCAUCAGCCAGGCCAAAGCUCUAUGUUUAUUUUUUUAUCGUUUUAAGUUAUAGCAUGGUGCGGUGCAUAAAAAGGGGAAUGCGGCAUUGGGGCAUAGUUUUGAGGGAACUAGUAAUUACCUCUGACACGGUGGCCUGACCGCCGGAGUAUGGGAAUACGAGCUUUGCAGCCUUAGGUUUGCUAAACUCAAAAGUUUAUUCCCAGAACCUGUACAAUGUGUGAGCAGUUGUUUGUGCUCUACACACUUAAGUAGUGUUUUUGUUACCUUUAUACAACCUCUUAGCUUUUCUCUUUUUGUUCUUGCUUAAGUCAUAUGGCCUUGAACCAUUCAGUGCCAAAUGUUGCUGGACCGUUUCAGUGUGCAGUGGGAAAGUGUCAAAUUGAAUUGUGUCACUCCUAGCAGUCAUACACAUCAGGCUGCGACAUGAGCCAAAUUUUGUUGGUGAAACAUUUUGUCUUGUUCUCUGCUGCCAAUUUUCCACUGUUAUUCAAGCCAUUAAUGCAAAAUACUUCUCAAAUAUAUAUGUUUUUCUUUAAUUUUUGCUUAAUUUUCUUAAAAAGAUUACUUUAUCUCUGAAUAUCCCUACUGAAGCUUUCAGGAUGAUUUGAUUCCUGAGUGACAGGUUUCUGAGAGCAAGAAUAACAGGAUGUGCUGUUUUAUUCCACCUAAACCUGCUUUCAUUUCAGUAAGGUUAACAUUAUAACUUUAUUGAUUAAUGUCCGCAUGGUUAUAUAUUGAUUAGCGUCCUAUAUUAGGCUAGAAUUAACUGUUGUUAAAGACAAGAAUUACUCAAGAAAAGUGAAAUUAAGCGAGUACAAAUUUAUAUUCUUGCAUGUUCAGUAAAUCUCAAGUUACAUCUGAAGAUUACAUCUAGUUAAGUAUACAAGUAGUUGACUGCAAGAAGGAUACGUAUAUAUUAAUAUUUCCUGUAACCUGUACUCAGCCUAUUUGUUGCCCAGGUUCUGAAGUUCCCGUUUUGUGAGACUCAUCCCCUAAGGUCUGUCCAGCUCAUCUCAGAAUAAAGCUAUAAGGUCACACACUGA